UCUGAUUGGUCGAUUAUGUGGGCCUGGGCAUUACUUCCUGUUUUCCUGGCAGUGUGGGGCAUAGUGGGACUAUGGCUAGUGUUUUUUAUGGCGGUGUUAAAUGAAUCCGUUGACCUCAAUGUAAGAUUUCCCUACAUCAGUGUGUGUGGCUCCUAUCCUCGUCAGAGCAGUGUGUUUUCCGUGGUCUGUAACGGGUGCGCCUUCCUGGCUGUCUGGAUCAGCGUGAUCCGGUAUCAGCAGGUGCGUGACCUUGGUGACAAGUGUCGCUAUGCCAACCUGGCUAGCCUGGUGCUCGGCCUCAUCUCCUCUGCAGGGGUCUCCCUCCUUGGAAACUUCCAGAUUACUGAGUGGUUUGUGGUGCACAAUCUGUCGGCUCUCCUGGCCUUCUGCCUGGGUCUGCUCUACUUCUGGCUGCAGCUGUGGCUCACGUUGAGAGCUGAACCGUCUGUGGAUCGCCACUGGGUGGCGCCACUGCGCGCUUUCCUGUGUGGCUUCGCCACAUUGUUCCUCAUUAACAUGAUUGUUCUUGCAUCUAAGGGCUUGAUGUCUCAGUCAGCCAAGUCUGAGUGGGCACUGGUGAUGACCUACUUCCUGCUCUUCGGCCUGUUCGCCGCGGAGUUCCGCCACGUCGACUGCUUCAAGGUCACCGUCCAGAUACCCUUAGUCGACCGCUUCCAGGUCACCGGCCAGAAACACACCGCUGGGGGCAAGAGCUAUGGCAGACUCAUCCAUGACAGCACCAAGGACAGCCUGAUGGUAUAGAGAGGAUGGUAUAUCGCAGUGUCGCGACUAUAAUCCUCCUGUAACACAUGAAUGCGACUAUAAUCUCACCCUAACACAUAAAUGAGACUAUAAUCCCACUGUAACACAUACAGUACCAGUCAAAAGUU